UGUUCAUUGCUUUUUAACGUGAAAUCAAUCAAAGGAGCUGUAGUUUCGGAACUUAAAAAUAUAUUUGCUAGGAAGUUGGGAACAUGAAAUAUCUUAUAAGGAGUGCGGCGAAUAUGCUUUUCCAAAAUUUUGAAUUUUAGGAUGUGAUUUAUCCAUCUGUGGAUUAAGUUCUCUGACACUAUUACGGCAAUGACUGGAUUAUCAGGUAUUGGAGUAUUUUGGGCAUUCACAUCCAUAUUAAGUGCUGAUAUUUCGUGUGUUGGAUAUUUUAUGCCACACUGGAUCACCGGACGGAUGGCACUUUACCAAACCGGAAAGUCCCCUCAAGUAACCCCGGUACACUUCGGCCUUUUUCGUAGGUGUCAUUAUCCGAUCAUUGGCAAAGACGGAAAAUUGACGAUAAUUCAUGAAUGUGGACGCUACACUGCAUUUUCCGACAUUCCUAGUGUCUCUUGGCAAAUAACUACUUUGCUUGUCGGGGUUGGAUGCUGUUUGUGUUUUCUUGUGGCCUUGACCGCAAUGUUUGGUGUUUGUGUCAAAGGAGUUGUCAUACCGACCGUUGCUAGGACAGCAGGGAUAAUUCAAUUGUGUUCAGGUUUUCUGAUGGGCGCGGGUGUGGGUAUUUAUCCAAACGGCUGGGGAAGCACUGAGGUGAAGCAGGCUUGUGGGCACUCCUCAAAGUCUUAUAAUCUUGGAGACUGCUCAUUAUCAUGGUGUUUCUACAUGACGUCAGCAGGUAUCGUGAUGACGUUGAUGUGUGCUGCGUUGUCAUUUCACGCGCCAAAACGGAAACAAACACCUACCGGAUAUGCCUUAUAGCCAAACAAAGUCACUCGAAAAGAAGUCAGUGAAAAUGGUUAAAACAUGGAUAUCAAGUAGUUUUAUUUAAAACGGAGUGCUCCGUAGUGCAAUUAAAUGUAUUCAGGGAAUAUAAUGUGUAUUUUACUCUCACGAAUUGUAUGCUGGUAUGUCACAAGAAGUUGCAUACUUGCGCCUCUGUAUUAGAAGGGUUAUUAUUUGACAAUCGGAUCUUUUCUAGCAUGGAGCAUCAUCAGCAUCCUACAACUCUGCAAAAUGACAAAAUAAGUAACAUCUUUUAGAUGCAUCUAGUCACAAUAAGUAAUUUGGCAGGUUACCAUAAACUUUGCAUUCGUUCAGAAAUACAGAUACUAGGCAAUGUCAUUGUCUUAUAUGGAUAUUUAUUUUAAAUGUUGUUAUUAAAUCCAAGGACAUGCGUGGCAUGUUGUACAGAAAUGUUGUCAUUUUGGUACAGCUGGAC